CACCGCACUCCAAAAGUAGUCUACACAAAGUGAUUAUGGAGGGGGAUGAGAUGGAGAUGAGCGAAGAAGAGCUCCAAAAGUGGAUCAGAGGGAAGGUAAAGAAGAACAAGCUGAUCUCCUCAGAUGUGCUAGAGAAAUACAAGCUGCUGCAAUCUCUGCUGGAGAGGAGGGAGAAACAAGCUGCCCACUUCCUAAAGCUCUGCGAGUCAGUGUCAGCAUGUGAAGCGAUUGUGAGGAAACAAUACUCUUUGCUGGGGUGGGAAUACAGAGACACAGAUUCUGAUGAAGACGACAAUACAACAGGCUCUGGAAAUGCCAUCCCCAGCCCUACUCCUCAGUUACCAAAGCUACAGGACAAUCGGAACCUCCAAAGAGAAAAUGGCAAAAAAAGCUAUAUCAGUCUAAAGAGAGAACCAGUGGUGGUCUUGACCAAACUUUCUAUGUCUCAGAUCAGUUCUUUACGUCCUCCAACGCCCCAGAACCACAACAGUGAAGAUGAAUCCUUUAACAAUUUGGAUACUGAUGGGCAAUGCGAACUUGAGUCAUCUUCUGAAUUGCGUGAUUCUGAUUAUUCUAUCUCAAGUAAUAAGACUUGGUCAAGCAAGAGGAGAAAAAAAGAAAAACUUACCAGGAGUCAUACAACUCCCCAAGCUAGCACUGAUGCCAAGAGCAAAGUAGCAAAACCAUCAACACCCCAAGUUAGCACAAAUACUGAUGCUAAGAGCAACGUAGCAAAACCAUCAACACCCCAAGUUAGCACAAAUACUGAUGCUAAGAGCAACGUAGCAAAACCAUCAACACCCCAAGUUAGCACAAAUACUGAUGCUAAGAGCAACGUAGCAAAACCAUCAACACCCCAAGCUAGCACAAAUACUGAUGCUAAGAGCAACGCCACAAAACCAUCAACAGUCCAAGCAAGUGCCAAUACGGAUGCCAAAAGCAAAAUCACAAAAACAUCAACAAUGCCAGCAAACCGCAAGGUAACACACCCUGUGUGCAUCGUAACUGCUCAUUGCCAAACCUCUGACAAAGAUAGCAAGACCCCUCCUAGCGUUCCACAAGGAGAGCUCAAAGUGAACAUGAAUGUCCUGGCCAGAAGGAAGGUCAUGAGCUGGCAGCAGGGUAAAAUCUUGGAAAUAGUAACAAAAGAAGAUGGUAGAUUGAAAUACAAGAUCAAUUUUGACGAGAAAAAAAAGACCCUAUUUUCUGGUCACCACAUUGCCUUUGACUAUAUGCCAAAGGUGGAGCAGCUGUUUAUCGGUGCUCGUGUGGUAGUCAAGUCUCAAGAUAAAGAAUGCCGGUUCUGCCCUGGUGUCCUGGCAGAGCUCCCCAGCAGAAAAAACCGCAUGAGGUUCCUGGUCUUCAUGGAUGAUCACACGCCAGUCUAUGUUGGCUUACCUUUACUUCACCUGGUGUGCAGACCACUGACAGACCCUUUGGACGAUAUUCCCGAUGGCAACUACAAGAAUUUCGUAAAGCAGUAUCUAAAGGCCUGGCCUUACCCACCACAGACCCAGUACAGGAUUGGACAGGCAGUUAAUGCAGAACUUAAUGGAGUCGUGCAGAAGUGUGAGGUGCAGGCGAUUGACAGCAGUUUGAUACAGGUUGUUGUUGAGACGGAUCAACGUAAGGAGUGGAUCUACCGAGGCUCCACAUGCUUGGAACACAUGAGUAAUAUCAAGGGGCUUUUGGAGUCGAAAAAGAAGGAUGAGCAGAAGAAGACAUCUACCACAGUUAACAGUAAAUCAAAAUCUACAACCUGAAGCCAAGAACCAAUCCAACCAGCUACGAGACCAUAAAACAUUUGAUGCAGCGCAAAAGAACAUUUUAAAAAUGACAAAAAAAGGCAGAGGUACAAGACUGUGUACAUAAACAAUCGUAGACGUCUUUGAUAGCAGCUCGCUAUAGCUGUUUGUUGGUUUGCGGGUGCAGUAAACAUUUUCAUUGCUACAGCGAGCUCCACUAAUCAGAGACGUCGAUGUUAGGAUUGUGGGUAGUGUAGUAGACUGGGUAAACCCAGCCCGAUCUGCUGGCGAUUUGAUGAAACCUGUACGUUUAUCUAUCCUGCUUCCGUUACAAAUUUGCAGGAACAAAUCGCAAACUGACUUAUCCACCUGGCGCACUAUUGGCGG